AGGCUAGAAGUCUGAGAUCAAGGUGUUGGCCGAGUGGUGCUCUGUGCAGCUUCUUUUCCUCUUCCAGCUUCUGGUUCUUCCAAAUGACCCAGUCUUUCUUGAGCCUGCUGAAGAAAUGACGCUCUGCAAGUAUUAUGAGAAAAGAUUAUUGGAAUUUUGUUCGGUGUUUAAGCCAGCAAUGCCAAGGUCUGUUGUGGGUACAGCUUGUAUGUAUUUCAAGCGCUUUUAUCUUAAUAACUCAGUAAUGGAAUAUCACCCCCGGAUAAUAAUGCUCACUUGUGCAUUUUUGGCCUGCAAAGUGGAUGAAUUCAAUGUGUCUAGUCCACAGUUUGUUGGAAAUCUGCGGGAGAGUCCUCUUGGACAAGAGAAGGCACUCGAACAGAUUUUGGAAUAUGAACUACUUCUUAUACAGCAACUUAAUUUCCACCUUAUUGUCCACAAUCCUUAUAGACCCUUUGAGGGCUUUCUCAUUGAUUUAAAGACUCGCUAUCCCAUGUUGGAGAAUCCAGAGAUUUUGAGGAAAACAGCUGAUGACUUUCUUAAUAGAGUUGCACUGACGGAUGCUCACCUUUUAUACACACCUUCCCAGAUUGCUCUGACUGCCAUUUUAUCUAGUGCAUCCAGAGCAGGAGUUUCUAUGGAAAGUUAUUUAUCAGAAAGUCUGAUGCUAAAAGAGAACAGAACUUGCUUGUCACAGUUACUAGAUAUAAUGAAAAGCAUGAGGAACUUGGUAAAAAAAUAUGAACCACCCAGACCUGAAGAAGUCGCUGUUCUGAAACAGAAGUUGGAGAGAUGUCACUCUGCUGAGCUUGCACUUAACAUAAUUACGAAAAAGAGGAAAGGUUAUGAAGAUGAUGAUUAUGUCUCAAAGAAAUCCAAACAUGAGGAGGUAUGUUCUCCAAAGGAAGAAUGGACUGACGAUGACCUGGUAGAUUCCCUCUAACCAUCUGAAAUUGAUUUGUCAAUGCUAACUAAUCAACAGAAGGAUGAAGCAUGUCUGGCAUUUAACUUUAAAAAUGAAGUCACUAAGGUUUGAAGUUUGGCGUCAGAGCAUGGUCCACAUUUAUCUCUGAAAAUUUUCCUACCCAGCCCCUUUAAAAAAAUGUUUAGAGGUUUCAUUUCAUCAUUGACCAGCUAAGUUACUCCAAGGCCUACAAAGGUAAAUGUCAAGUUUCCUGUUUCAGCUUAAGAGAUAAUAAGCAUGUCAUUAAAAUUUUAAAAAGCAGUGUCUUUAGGUUUGUGGGGUUUUUUUUUAGAAAUAAAAGGCAGGAGAAGCAGUUCAGAUUGAGAAAUGGCAGGUCAGUAUGGUUAAAACUGAGCUGUGAGUAGUGGGAGAGAACAAAUUGCUGAGCACUAGAAUCUAGACCUUUUUGCAUAUUGUUGAAAUGUUUUCGGAGAUGUCCAUAUAUCCCUUUUAGUCUAUCCUGGAAGGAGACCAAAAUGGCAUACUAUUGUCUAACUAACUAACUGAAAAGCAGAGGGGAAAAGAUGGAAUUGGGUUGACAUCAAGAAAAAGGAGCACCUGGUGUGUUUGUUAGUGUUUUGCUAUCCCUGUUCAACUGUGAUCGCAGCUACUUCAGGGCUAGCUACCUCUAUACAAAUAACAGCAUUUAAUACUUGCAGCUAACUGAGGGUUCACAAUAUUUCUGCAUAGUAUAGUUAUAGUCUUAACACUUUAAUGCUUAAAAUACAGGAAGAAACAAAGUGUUGCUCUUAGAACCUGGGCCUUUAUUUUUUUACUGGGGAAAUGCUUUUCCCAGUACAUCCCUGUCUGGCUCUCCUUGUAUGCGUUCUCUCCCCUGCAGAGUUAUGGGAGGGAAAGAAUUGUUAACAAGUACAUAAUGGAAUCCUUCAAAAGAGACCAUCAGCCAGAAAAAAAUCUCAAGUUUCAUCUCCCUGGGCCUUGCUCUGGUACUAAACUUGAACUGCCCCUCAAAGGAGGAAGAAAAUAAUGAAAUUAAAUGUUUAGCUGUAUUUAGACAGAAGUAAUCAGAUAUUUAUGAUAUCCCUUGGUUUUAUUUUAACUUAACCCUUGUGAAUACUUCACAAAAAUACACAUACAGAAGCAAAUAAAACUAUACAGUCAAACUAAAUAUCCAGCAGAUACAACAAGUAGUCAGAAGGGCAAAGAUGGAUAGUUGUUCAGUGGCUGAUGAAAUUGUUUGCAUAAUUUAAAAAAAUCACCUUGGAAUUAAUGAAUACUUUCAAUGAAAGCAUUCUAGGGUUUUUAAACAUAUAAAAGAAAUCGGUAAUCUAUAAAACGGUUGAAUGGGUAACAUGCGUUGAUCAGUACACAGU